AUGGAACAGGGAGAUUGGGGGGCGGUCUUGGAACCAGAAGAGGAGGUGGAGGCUGUGGAGGUGGAGGCUGUGGAGAUGGCGAGGUCGAAGGAGUUGUCGGUGGAAAGCGAAGUGGUGGCGCGUGUAGUGAAAGUAUUGUUGCAGGAGGUGCGAUGCGACGUGUUACGGAUCGACGGCGUAGACCUAAAGCCGCCAUGUAAAGGCUGCAUUCGCCACACGGACGUGAUGCCGCUCGGUAUCGAUAAGUACGACCUACUCGACUGCGUCCGUCCAGGCGACAUUCUGCGCACUCGACUCGUCGCCACAGGCCUUUCGAAAACGCUCCUCCUCACCACCGCCCCGCCCGAUUGCGGCGUCACUGCCGCCGCCAGUCGAUGCUGCAACGCACCCCUCCGGCCCGUCGCCUCCAGCCUGAUGCGCUGCUCCUGUGGAACACUGGAAUACCGAAAGGCCGCGAAAACAUAA